CCGCACUCUCGAGUCUCCGUUCCUUCCAUUAAAAGUUCUUCUCGUAAUCAACCGAACCUGUGCCGGCGUGACCUACUGCGUACCUACCAAACGGAUCUUGCAUCCUCUGCUUCCCAUCUUCACUUCGUAUUCCCCGUCGAUUGAUUCUUCAUCCGUCUAUUCACACCGUUUCGUCGCCUCUUCCCACAACCAAACUGUACGACGCCAUCCCCAUUCCACCGUGUUUCGCCGUGGUGGCACAACACCUACGGAGUACACACACACACAUACACCUCACUCACACUUGUUUCCGACCCGCCUUACCCUAGGACUAGGUCACUACCUACCACAUCCUCCUCAUCCUCCAUCAAUCCGUCCUCAACUCUUCGCCCCCCCUCCCCCGUUUAAACCUCCCACUUCCCUCCAACAGAAGUCAAUCUCAAUCUUCACCACUGCCAUUGCGCUCAUUCUCGGUCCUCUACUCGUCGUAGAGCGACCGCAUCGCAACCAUGCGUCUCGGAUCAGCCGGCCUCGCGGCCCUACUCUGGUCCUCCUUCACCACCGCCUUUCCCUUUGUCGAUAAUGGCAGCAAGCCCCUGCCUGUCCUCCGACCCCGACAAACCGGCACCGGCUCGACGCCCACUUCCACAACACCCGUAGCCACGACUCCGGCGGCUACGACAGAGACCACAGCUGCGGCAGAGGCCACCACCACAGUCACCAUCACCACUACCGUGGGCGGCGGCGGAGGAGGAACAGUCACGUCGACCACAGUCUUCUUGCGUACAGUCACCACUACCGUUGUCGUCACCUCCACGACCUUCCAGACCACCACCAUCACCAGUAACGAUGUCGCGACCGCCACCGUGACCAACUAUGUCACCUCUACCGUCCUUGCCAAGCGCAGUCUCAACUUCCUUCCUGUUCUCGAUGCUCCCUACGACGCCCCGGCUGCUCAAAUCACGCCCGCCGCCGACGCCAACGAUCUCCGAAGAUACGGCGUCAUCGAGAAGCGCGCUCUCGUCACCGUAGUCGUCACCGUCUCCGGCUCAGCAGGCGCUGAUUCCACCGUCCUGGCCACCCGUACUAGCACCGUCCUCCUCACAACGACCUCGAAUACCAUCCUCACCUCCAUGGUCACAAGCACCCUUUUCAACAACGCCCAGACCACAAUUACCGUCGAAUCCACCCUGACCGUCACCUCAACCUCCAUCGACACCGCCGCGCCUACUACCGUUGAAAGCGGCCCGACGACCGGCAGCCUGGGCACCGCAACCGCGACGGGCGGUGCGCAGAGCACGGGUUCCAGCAGCAGCGGAGGCCUUUCCACCGGCGCACAGGCCGGAAUCGGUGUUGGUGUUGGCAUUGUUGGACUUGCUGCUCUCAUUGGUAUCGGAUACUGGCUUUACAAGCGCCGCAAGGCUAACCGACCUUCUCGCGCCGACCUCGACGACAUGCGCGCCUACGAUCCCAACGGUCCUUCGCCCCUCAGCGGGCCCGGUGGAGGUAUGUCCGAGACUGGAGCCGGCUAUGGUGGUGCUGCAGCAGGCGCUGCUGCGCUCGGAGCGGGUGCGGGAACGCAGAGACGGCAGCCCGUGCCCAAGCACCAGCUCUCGCCGCCCUCGCAAAGCGUGAGCCCCAUGACGAACAGCACCGUUUCGCCCGCGGGGGCCGGAUACGGAUCUCGCCCGCCGACGGGUGGCGCGCAGGAACUCGGUGGAACGAGAAUCCUACCCGCAGAGAUGGGAGGAGACGAGGUCGUCGAGAUGGGCGAGUCACAACCCAGGCCGCAGCAGCCGCCGCAACAGCAGUCGAGACCCGCGCCGGGUAUGACGUAUAAUUCGGGUCCUGUACCGGAUGUCUACGAGAUGCCUACCGAGAGGUAUCGAUAAUGCUAUAAUUUCUUUUGUUAUGUGUGUGUAAGCUUUGUUGUGGCAAGAUUGGAGGAAUUCAAGGAAAUGGGGAGACUAAAGGGAAAUGCAUAUAAGGAUCACCCAGAGGAUGGAUUGUCAUUUACCUGGACAUUUUUGAGAAAGCGUUGCAUCGAGUCCCAUACGGGAUAGAUUGGUAUGAGAAACAGGCAAGGAAAGCAGGCUCUAUAAAAAAGAAGAAGGACUGCUUCAGGGGAUGGGUGUAUUUCCACGUAGAGGAUAUUCGGUAGAUAAUCUUCGUAAUGUGUACGACAUGGAAAGAUGUGUGCAGUAAACCAUUGCUGUCAGUUUGUGAGACUUGAGGUGUUGAAGGAGGCUGAAAGGUCAGACGUCUUAUGAGAACAUCAGAAAAACGACUGAAGGUUCCUUGUAUUUAUGAUACGCUCGCUGGGUUCGGUUGUACUCCAGCCGUUUCGUCAUGUCAAACGGCGUCCCGGCGGAUGCGGCCUGCGACCUGCGAAGCUUGCCGGUGGGAGCGUGGCGUGCAGGUUAGAAUGCGGCGUUUGCUGACUGCGUCGGGGGAUAGAUGAGGUGGGCCUCACUCACUCACUCAAGUGGUCCUCACCGCGACGAGAUGUAGCUGGUUGGUCUUUAUUUGUGAAGGCCGUCAGUGAGAAUGCGGGAGAGGGGAAGGUUUUGAAGGGUUCGAGGGCUGAGCACGGUUUGAAUCUUGAAUCUCGGAGAGUGAAGUAUGCACGAAGGGGAGCACGGGGAUAGGUUUGUUGGCAGGGGCCAGUUGUUCAUCCCAAGUUGUUGAUGUUUCGUUUUGGAAGCUGGGAGAUGGGAUGGAAAUGUGUGAGUGUUUGCGUUCCUGGCUCUUGUGUAACCUUUGGGCGAUUGCUUCUACAUGGAAACAAUGAAAUCGCGGGUGUUUCAUUUGGUUUUGAGACGGAACUGCGUCGCAAUAUGACUCUAUCUACCUAAGGAUACCUCGUCAGUCAAUAUACAAUUUGAAUGCACUUGGUCUCGAUUGUGACGCGAACAAACUCGGUCGAUAUCGUUGGCGCAACUGGGGAUUUGCGUAGGUUUCUUCGGUACUCCGUAUUGUAGAUAUCAUACUCUUGAUCGCUUCGAAAAGUGGUUCCAAAUGCAGCUUGAUGCCUUCGUCCUCGCUGGCAACACCAUGCACUAAGUCUCGAAAAGAAGGGCCAGCGAGCAUGCCGGUUCUACAAACUCAUCGGCGACAAAAUUACCGAUGCUAUUGAAC